AUGGAUUUCAUCGAACUGGAUUAUGGUGAGGAUGAUCCCGUUUCGUCGGCUGAUGAUACGGAAGAUGAUCUCGAAUUCGACGAAGACGAUCUCGUGUGUGUCGAUGAGGUUUCUGGAACACCCAGUCCUGAGAAAAAGGUGCACGGAGAUGAAGACCGAGACCCGGGCUAUGAGGCCAGACAGAAACGAAUCGCCGCUGAAAUUUUGGAUCGCAAGAAGGCGAGGUCUCGUCGACGGUCCCCGGCUAUUCGGCGGCGAGGAAGCAGGCCGAAAUCUCCCCCUGGUCCUCAUCGCUCGUUCUCCCGGUCGCCUCGGCGUAACUCUGAUCAGUCGGAUCGUGGAUCCCAGAUCCGCCACGCGGAUAGGAAGUCACCGGCUUCUAAAGACGAACACCCGUCGAAGAUCAGGGGACCAGAAACCCGUAUUGCCCGUAAAAGACGAUUCCGUGAUCGCCGAUCCGAGAAUAGGGAUUUGAGGAGGGUUGACAGGCGCUCUCCACCCCGCCCGUUCUUGAAACGCGAAGAUGUCAACCCGAAUCUCAUCCCGGUGAAGCCCACGACGCGCUUCAUGACAAAUGACGGUGUUCGAUCCCGAUCGAGGUCCAUCGAGAAGGGAUCGCCUUCGUCGUCGCACCGCCCCAUUCGACGCGAGAGGAGCCCACUUCAGCCGCGCACAAAGACGUCUCCACGCGAUGACCACCAUCAUCCGUCCUCUCGUUCGACAUCCAACAUUGGGAGCCCGCCUACCGCACACCCGCCGCAUGUGCCAGCUAAUGCCAACGACUUGGAUGCAUCAUCAACGUCGCUGCCCAACCGAAUCCUGCCGACCGAUCAAUCAGGAGACUCAGGUGCAGCUUUGCCGACUAAACGACGCCUCUCAAAGAUGGAGUUACAUCAGCAGUUGACCACGACGGCGCGACAGGCGCUAAAUAACUACUGGACAAAGAUACCACCUGCGGAGCGUUGUCGUAUUUACCAUUCACCUACGCCGGAGACCUUAUCGCCUGAACACUUUCGCGCAAGCACGCCCCUUUUGGAGACAACUGUUUUCGUUGCUGCUGUGACUGGAACUUUGACGGAGAAAGAUCCUGUAACUCGCUCGGCAUCAUCAUCCGAGCAGGAUUCCGCUAAGGAUCGACCAAAAUCCACCAAACCGCGCGUUGAUCUAUCCGAAGAAGUUGCGUUGAUACUGCUAAAGAACACUUCAAUCGUCGACAACACCGAACCGUCGCCUGCGACGGCGGGAACUGAUAUAGUGGCAGUUGCUGUGGAUGGGGCUUCUUGCGGUAGACAUCCGACUUUUUCCAUGGUUUCUCCGGGCGCUGAACGAGGGAGUGACAAGCAGAUGUGGCGUUGUAGCUCAGCUUCCGAGAAAGUCAAAAAGGAGACUAUUGAGAACGAAGUCGAAGAAGUGCAAGCGACCACUUGCGCUCAGACGGAAAUUGCUUCUUCGGAUGAUCUCGGGAAAGAGGGUCAACGCGGUACGGAACAGGAGCUUACGACGAGCGUUCACCGAAAGGGACAUGUAGCACCUGAGCGGCCACCAGAACGAGCCGAGGAGAGUCCACGUAAACGAGAGCGUGUUCCCAUCACUGGACCUGCUUUGGACCACGCCGAUGGCAAAGAAAAGCCUCGGAAAUUAUGUCUGAAAAGUGGAGAUAAAGAUCGGCAACAUCCCCACGCCGGUUCUUCUCGUUCUGACGUUCCUCACUUGACACGGCGCGAUCGAUUCGAUAAUCGUCGUGCAAACUCUCCUCGAUCGGUUCGCCCACUGCAAGGAAGGGAUUCGUCUAGGUCGCGCGGCUCCGCUUCAAGAUCUAGGGGCCGAGGCGCUGGUCGAGGACAUGGCAACGACACGAUCUAUCGCAAUGGCUUUCACGACGGCAUUUCUAUCACUCUCCAGACGAAUGCACGCGAGCCGAUGAGACAACCGCCACCUCCUUCGCGCGGUUUGUUCCUUCAGCAGGCCGUUUACGCAAUU